AUGGAGGCGCAGCUGGAGGUGCUGGAGAAGCUGGAGAGCCUGGCGUUCGAGCCCGGCACCGCCGGCACCGCCGGCACCGCGCCGGGCGGGGACCGACCGGAGACCACGGAGAGCGCGGAGGAGGCACCGGCCCGUCCGGAGGAGGCACCGGCGCGUCCGGAGGAGGCACCGGCCCGUCCGGAGGAGGCACCGGCGCGUCCGGAGGAGGCACCGGCCCGUCCGGAGGAGGCACCGGCCCGUCCGGAGGGCGGCGGGGAAGCCCAGGCCCCACUGCCCCCGGCCGCGGGAGCGCCCUGCUCGCCGCCACCCGCUCAGCUCAGCGCGCCCGCUGCCACCGGGCCCUUAUCGGACUCGGACUCGGACUCAGACUCGGACUCAGACAGUGAUACGGAUUCAGAUAGUUCGUCGCCUACAUCCUCCUCUAUAUCUUCACUAGCAUCUGAUGAAGAUGAUCAUUCAGAUGAGAAGAUUGACAGAUCUUACUGUAUUAAAACAAAAGAUGAGUUACCUAUUGAGGAACUACCUCCUGUUGAAGACUUAUCAAUAGUUCUGCCGGAUAACAUUGAACUGAAGCUCUUUGGGACAGUGUCCAGCAUUAUUGAGCAACUAGUAAUAAUUGAAUCACUGAGAGGCCUACCUCCAGUAAAUGAGGAGAGCAUAAUUUUUAAAGAAGAUCGACAACCAGCAGGAAAGAUAUUUGAGGUGUUUGGUCCCGUCUUACAUCCUUUUUAUGUGUUAAGAUUUAACAGCUCUGAGCAUAUCAAAGAAAAAGGUAUUAAUGUGCAAGAUAGCAUGUAUUUUGCUCCAGCAGUGGAGGACUUCACCCAGUAUAUAUUUACAGAGAAACUAAAAACGGAAAAAGGUUCAGAUGCAUCUUGGAAGCAUGACCAAGAACCACCACCUGAAGUCUUGGAUUUCAGUGAUGAUGAAAAAGAAAGAGAGGCAAAACAGAAGAAAAAGAAGCCUGAAAGUGAAGGAAGGAAAAAGCUCAGACCAGAAACAAUUUCACCAAGUGAGAAUAAAGGAUUUCAUCACUCAGUGCAGCAGCCUGCUUCACGUUAUUCAAGGGGAUACCGUGGCAGAGGGUUUCCCAGGCAUUCAUUUCCUCCUCCAUCAGGCCCUCGAGGGUUUUGGAGACCACAAGUAAGAGCACCCCAGCCGUACUGUUCAGACAGGAGGAUACACCAUCAAUCACCAGUGUUUCCACAACCUUAUAGAAAACAAUAUCCAGUGAUGCCACAGUAUCCCUGUCCUCCUCCAGUUUUUGGUUCUGUCAAUAACAUGCAUCAAUUCCCUCCUCCCAAUAUGAAUUGGACAGGCCCAAACAUGCACAACUUUUCAUACUCAUUUUUACCACCUCCUCCUCCACCGCCGCCGCCUCCCCCUCCUCCAGAUAGCCGUCCUUCCCAGUUCAGGUCUUUCUAAAUUUCCAUGAAUGUGCAUACAGAACAUUGCAGCGUAUAGGGCUACCAAGACUGUAUUCCCUUAUUUUGAAGAUAUUUUUCCUGCAACUAUAGAACAAAUGCAGAGUUUUGUACUUUGUGCAUUCAUAGAAAAUUACUUUUUUCUAUAUGUGUUCUCUGUUUCAAAAAAGAAAAUUAUAAAAAUAACUGAAUAUUAAAUAAUUGUUUAUUUUUAUAAUAUAUGUUCCUUUGAAAUGAUAAAUAAAAACUUUUUGGAGA